UUCUUCGGUCUCUGGCUAAAUAACCUGUUAUUUGUUUCUCUUAUGUAUUUUUUUCCUCGACCGUUCGUAGAUAGUACGUUUUUUUAAAGGAAAAGCUUUUACUAAAUGUCCUCUUGCCCAUAAAGAAAUAAACAAUGUGUUCUACCGACCUACCGGUAGCUAGGCCAACUAUUUAGCUAGCUAACGUUAACAUAGCAUGGCUACUGACUAGCCAUCUUCAGUACAAGCUGACUGUUAAGUGUACUGUUGAGUCAUUCGAAUCAAUUAUCUCGUUUGCCCACAACCCAUUGCGUUUUAUGAACUAAACACGAUGUAAACGUGUUUUGUCAGCCAGAAAGAACAACUUUAGCUACCCGGUUCUCCCUUUUAAGGCACCGUCACUGUGCCUUGUAUAAUUAUGGCCACCAGCGCCGUAUGUGUCAUUGAACUAAAAACUGAAGCCCAGAGUAGGAAGUGAAGUCAGCAACUGCAAAACAACCGAGUGCUACAGUAAUACAAGAAGUCGACUACAGUAUCUUCCUCUCAUUCAGCACAGGUCAGAAGCAGGUGUCAAAUGCCAUUGCAUUGAAGGUGUGAUUGUACUUUGGAUUACAGAAAGAGACGUGAAAUGAGUGGAAGAAGGAGGGGGCAGCCCAACAGAGGUGGAGGGCGAUUUAACAAGCCCAGAGGAGGAGGAGGGAGAGGAAGAGGAGGAGGAGGAGGAGGAGGGGGAGGAGGAGGUGGAGGUGGAAAGGCAGCUAGUGGUGGCUGGGAUGACGGUGAUGAUUUCAGCCUUGAUUUUGGACCCAGUCGCUCAACCAGGCCCACCUCGGGCAGAGGAAGGGGUGGGAGCAGCCGGGGCAGCGGGGGUAGCAGCAGAGGUAGAGGAGGAAGGGGAAGGAGCACUGGUGGUGGGAGGGGUAGAGGUGGCGGAGAUAGGGGUAGGGGAAAGGUUAAUGGUAGGGGUUUACCCAAGUCCCUAAUUAGUGAGAGACCUCGGCCUAGGCUGCUGGAUGAAGACAGGCCUCGCCUCAGGCCUGAGAUGAUGGGUAACAUGCCCAUGCAGAAGAUCUUCAUGACAAAUGAGAACCAGGAGCAGGUGAAAGAGCUGCUGAGAGAGCUGCAGACCCAGGACUACGACGACGAGCCAUAUGAUGAAGAAGAUGAGUAUGAGGAAGAGGAGGAGUAUGAUGAGCUGGAUUACCGGGAGGAAGGGCAGUUCUGGAACACCCAUGAUGAGCCUGUUGAGAGUGCAGAGAGCCCCGUCUAUGAUCCUGACUCUGAGGAUGAACGGCGGCCCACUCCCGAAGCAGUCAUAGGACUGUUUGCCAUAGGAAAGCUCUGCAGGUAUGGUUUCGACCGGGAGCGCAGCAAGCAGGCCCUGGAGGCAGGUGUUGGGGAGGUGGGAGCCACCAUGGAACAGCUGCUCCUCCAGGUCUUCUCCGAGCGCUACGGCCCCAAAGCUGUCUCCCCCGAUGGCCUCCAAGGGGCGCCCAUGGACGAGUGCCUCACCCAGAGACAGGAGGAGGCCUUGGCCCUCACCGCAAUCUACGGCGACCGCUUCACCGAGCGCAUCGCCAACAGCGUUUGGACUGUCACUUUGGACCCUGACUUCCUAGCCGACAUUGCAGGAGGAAAACAAAACGCAUCUGCUCGCACCGACGACUCCGUUCAAAUUAGGGACGUCUGCAGCUUCUACCUAAAGGGUGCCGGCUGCAAGUUUGGAGCUAAGUGCAAGUAUAAGCACCAGAUGCCCACCAAGGGAACAGCUUCGGGCCCUCAAGACCCCGUGGGAGCCAGCCAACCUGGGUUCAGCAGCUACUCCUCUCCAGAGUAUGAGCUGGAGGUCCGCUUCCCUAAAGGGAACCGCUACCCCUUCCAGGCCCCUGUCGUAGCCUUCAGCACUAACGAUGAGACCAUAGGGGCCGCAGCCAGGCUGAGUGUCACAGAACAUCUGUUCGGGGAGGCCUUGGCUGCAGCGAAGGAGGGGGAGCCCGUGGUCUACACCCUGAUCACUUGCUGUGAGGACGAGGCCACCAUGAAGGAGCUGCUGUCAGUCACGCAUCAUAAAUACAGCUCCCUGCCCCCUGUGGUAGUGGCUCCACCCCCUGCUGCUGUUGCCAUGACGAAGAGCAAGAGUGGGAGGAGCAACACGGCAUUACAUGUGGAGAGCAAGAGUAGUACGAACACCAACAGAACUACCCUAACUAACAGCACCGCCAACAGCAGAACUGCCCCAACUAACAACAGCACCGCCAACAGCAGAACUGCCCCAACUAACAACAGCACCGCCAACAGCAGAACUGCCCCAACUAACAACAGCACCGCCAACAGCAGAACUGCCCCGACUAACAGAACAAGCAGCCACAGGAUACAGCAGGCCACAGAAGACUUGGAGGAGGAGGAGGAUGAUGAUGAGGAAGAAGUAGUGGUUCCUGAGACCGAGAGCUAUGUCAACCUGAGGAAGAAGAUGGUGAAGAGACAUGAAGAGAGGACAGGGAGCCAGCAAAAGGAGAACGCCAAACUGUGUCGAGAGUUCAGGACAAAACAGUCAUCCAGGCGCUUCACCUCCAUGUUGCAGCAGAGACAGAAGCUGCCUGCUUGGAAUGAGAAGGAGAACAUCCUGGACCUGUUGGACAACUGCCAGGUGCUGGUGGUCAGUGGCAUGACUGGGUGUGGUAAGACCACCCAGAUCCCUCAGUUCAUUCUGGAUGCAUCUCUGAGUGGGCCUACUGACCAGGUGGCUAACAUCAUCUGCACCCAGCCCCGCCGUAUCUCUGCCAUCUCCGUGGCUGAGAGGGUGGCACAGGAGCGGGCAGAACGCCUCGGUAACUCAGUGGGCUACCAGAUCCGCCUGGAGACCGUCAGGUCUGCGGCCACCAGGCUGCUGUACUGCACCACAGGAGUUCUACUGAGGAGGCUGGAGGGGGAGGCAGACCUCACAGGGAUCUCUCAUGUCAUAGUGGAUGAGGUGCAUGAGCGCACAGAAGAGAGUGACUUCCUCCUGUUGGUGUUGAAGGAUCUGAUGGUCCAGCGACCAGACCUGAAGAUCAUUCUGAUGAGUGCCACCCUCAACGCUGACCUCUUCUCCCAGUACUACAACAACUGUAACACCAUCCACAUACCAGGACGCACUUUCCCUGUCGACCAGUUUUUCCUGGAAGAUGCAAUUGCCAAAACACGGUAUGUGAUUGAGGAUGGCAGUCCGUUCAUGCGCUCGGGCGGGGGAAAGGACAAGUCCUCAUCAGGCAGUAAGGGGGUCAGAGGGGGGGCCAAAGACCCCGUGGACCAACUGGGAGACGACAUGUGGUCCUUCAUGAACCUCCAGAAAAAAGACUUCAUUAAAGACUCCAUCCCUGACCAGCAGCUCAGCCUGCAGGAACUCACUGUCCGAUACAAAGACACCAAGAAAUCUGUCUUGAAGACCAUAUCUGCCAUGGACCUGGAUAAGAUCAACAUGGACCUGGUGGAGAGUGUGCUGGAGUAUAUUGUGGACGGGGACCACAGCUACCCUCCAGGUGCUGUGUUGGUAUUCAUGCCGGGCCUGGCUGAGAUUAAGACUCUUUAUGAGCAGCUCCAGUCCAACAGGAUGUUCAACAACCGGAACAGAGCCAGGUGUGUGGUGUACCCGCUCCACUCGUCCCUGUCUAAUGAGGAGCAGCAGGCUGUGUUCAAGCGUCCACCAGAGGGCGUCACAAAGAUCAUCAUCUCCACCAACAUCGCUGAGACCUCCGUUACCAUCGACGACGUGGUCUACGUGGUAGACUCAGGCAAGAUGAAGGAGAAGAGUUACGACGCCUCUAAGAGCAUGGAGAGCCUGGAGGAGUCGUGGGUGUCCCGUGCCAACGCCCUACAGAGGAGAGGGCGAGCGGGCCGCGUGGCCUCAGGGGUGUGCUUCCAUCUCUUCACCAGCCACUGCUUCCAACACCAGCUGGCAGAGCAGCAACUGCCAGAGAUCCAGAGAGUCCCCUUGGAGCAGCUCUGCCUCAGGAUUAAGAUCCUGGAUGUGUUUGCGGAGCGGCCAUUGGAUUCUGUGUUCUCUCGGCUCAUUGAGCCCCCGGCCAUGGGCAGUCUGGAUGCGGCCAAGCAGCGUUUGCAGGACCUGGGGGCUCUGACUGCCGACGAGAAGCUCACCCCUCUGGGCUAUCACCUGGCCUGUCUGCCUGUGGAUGUCCGCAUUGGCAAACUCAUGCUGUUUGGUGCCAUCUUUCGCUGCCUGGACCCUGCCCUCACCAUCGCUGCCAGCCUGGCCUUCAAAUCCCCCUUCGUGUCUCCUUGGGAUAAGAGGGAGGAGGCCAAUGAGAAGAAGCUGAAUUAUGCCCUGGCCAACAGUGACCAUCUGGCCCUGCUGCAGGCAUACAAGGGCUGGUGUGGUGCAGCCAAAAACGGGAAUCAGGCCGGGUUUCAGUACUGCAGAGAGAACUUCCUGUCUAGCCGGGGCUUACAGGAGAUAGCCAGUCUGAAGAGGCAGUUUACAGAGCUGCUGUCUGACAUUGGCUUCGUCAAGGAGGGACUGAAGGCUAGAGUCAUUGAGAGAAUGGCUGCCAAAGGGACUGAUGGUAUAAUGGAGGCUACGGGCCGUGAGGCCAACCUCAACUCUGACAACAUCAGGUUGAUGUCUGCCAUGCUCUGUGCUGCCCUGUAUCCCAAUGUAGUACAGGUGAGGUCUCCCCAUGAGAAGUUCAAGCAGACCAGUAAAGGAGCGGUGAAGAUGCAGCCCAAAGCAGACGAGUUGCGCUACAUGACCAAGAAUGACGGCUGUGUCCACGUACACCCCUCCUCCGUCAACUACACGGUGCGCCACUACGACAGCCCCUACCUGGUGUACCAUGAGAAGGUGAAGACAAGCCGUGUGUUCAUCAGAGACUGCAGCAUGGUGUCGGUGUACCCCUUGGUGCUGUUUGGGGGGGGACAGGUCAACGUGGAGCUGCAGAAGGGAGAGUUCGUCAUCUCCCUGGACGACGGCUGGAUCCGGUUCGCCGCAGCAUCGCACCAGGUGGCAGAGCUGGUGAAGGAGCUGCGCUGGGAGCUGGACCAGCUCCUUGAAGAUAAGAUCAGAAACCCCAGCAUGGACCUGUGUACUUGUCCGAGAGGCUCCCGUAUCAUCCACAUGAUCGUCAAGCUCAUCACCACCCAGUAAACCACCCGGCUCCCCUCCAUUACACACCCAGCACUUGUCUUUAGAUCAAUACUUUGCUCCCCACCUCCAGUCUUACAGUACAUUGGAUCAAGUCUUAUUGGUGGUAGCAUUGCAAUGAUACAAGUGCUGCUGAACAAGCAUACAGAACUCACUGUUUUUGCUGUCAUAGGAAGUGCAAUAGAUUUGGCAGAGUUGAUUGUUAAAUUUGAACUGAAUUGCUAAAAAGGUCAUUUAACUGAAAUGGUAAUUUGCCAUUGAUUGUGUAUAUAUAUUUUGGCCACAUUUCCUGUAUAUAUGGGAAACUCAAGUUGCGUUUUAUUAUAGGUUGUGCCUUUCUUGCACACAACUAAAAAUAGCAUUUGAGUCCAUAUUGGAUUCCCGUACUGAAAAUGGUUGCACAUUUAUGCUUUUGUGUGUAUUUAGAUAUAACUAAUGCAUGAUUGACUGAAAUGUAAAUAGAGCUCUAAGAGCUUCUGCAUUAUUGUCUUUCUGUACAUUUAUAUAGAUAAAAUUAACACGCUGAUGUAAAAAUCAUGCCAUCACUAUUAAAAGGGCUCAUUGAAAUGUAGACAAUUUGGUAAAAAGCUGCCAAAGAAUUUAUAAACAAUGUCUCAUCAGCUUCAGUGACUAACUUUAGUCUGAUGAAUAUUACAACUGAAAAUAAAUCAAAAAAAUAA